AUGUCUACAAGGACCCUGCCGCUGCUCUUUAUUAAUCUCGGCGGCGAAAUGCUGUACAUCCUGGACCAGCGGCUUCGAGCUCAGAAUAUACCCGCUGACAAAGCUAAGAAAGUUAUGAAUGACAUCAUCACCACCAUGUUCAACAAAAAGUUCCUGGAGGAGCUUUUCAAGCCGCAGGAGCUUUACUCCAAAAAGGCCCUGCGGACUGUGUUUGACAGGCUGGCUCAUGCUUCCAUAAUGAGACUCAAUCAGGCUAGUAUGGACAAGCUCUAUGACUUGAUGACCAUGGCUUUCAAAUACCAAGUGCUUCUGUGUUCCCGCCCUAAAGACAUCCUGCUGGUCUCCUUCAACCACAUGGAUGCAAUCAAAGACUUUGUGAAAGAUACAGCGGGCAUUCUCAGUCAGGUUGAUGAAACUUACCUACAGCUCAUAGAGAUGUAUACACCCAUGUCUAAUGGUGAAUUCCAACUGAUCCGACAAACGCUUCUCAUCUUCUUUCAAGACAUGCAUAUAAGGGUGUCUAUUUUCCUAAAAGAUAAAGUUCAGAACUCAAAUGGCCGGUUUGUGCUUCCCACCAGUGGUCCUGUGCCUCCUGGAACGCAGGUUCCUGGCUUAAUACGGAUUUUUAGCUGUACUGGCGAGGAGCUAACCAGGCUGCAGUUCAGCAAUGGAGGAAACUACACUUCGGCACUUCGAGAAGGAUCCUUUGAGAUUUUUGGAGAUCGGGUUACCAAACUUGGCACAAACAUGUACAGCAUUAGCCGCCCUGUUGAGACACACAUGUCUGGCACGUCUAAAAAUUCUGCUCAGCACACAAAGGUCAGCGCUGCUCCGAACCCCCUGGCCAAAGAGGAACUAAAUCUGUUGGCCAGGUUAAUGGGAGGCCUAGAAGUUGAGAAAACGGGAAACACAGAAUGUGGCUUUCGGGUAAAUCUCUUUGCCACAGAUGAAGAAGAAGAAGAAGCAUUUAUAUCCAGACCUGACGAGCUUUCGUAUGGAAUCAUAAACAUCCAAGCAACAAAGGACCAGCAGACCAAUGCAGAGUUGGCCAAGAUCAUGGGAGAAUUCACAGAGUCUGAAGAUCAAUCUCCCAGCUCCAGCAGCAAAGGAGAAGACCUUUUAUCUAUGAUGGACGGUCUGUGACCUGGUCGCCGUGACAGAAUGGCCCAAGAGGUUGUACACGGUGCGUCAUUAAAAGUCUACACUACAGAGGAUCAGUCUGUACCUGCAAAUACCUCGCAGCAGGCUCCCACACAGCCGUAAGACUUUAAUCUUGUGGGUUUUUAAGAUGCUAAUGAUGACAGAUGGCAAUAUACGGCUGCAUUUUUAUUAAAAAACAACAACAAUUGUGUUCAGA